CGCAUGUGUAUGUCGUAAAAUAAACAAUUGAAACCACAUUGCAUCAAAAAAAAAAAUCACAACAAAAUGGUCAAAUCAACAAUAUCUCCAAAAGAAUUUGACACAACAGCCCAAUGGCUACAAGAUCCACAGAAAUCAAUGGCCAUAAGAUUUCGGGCAUUAUUUACGUUGAAAAAUAUCGGUGGCCAAUCGGCAAUCGAUCAUAUUGGCAAAGUUUUAUUUGAAGAUGAUUCAGCCCUGUUGAAACAUGAAUGUGCUUAUUGUCUUGGACAAAUGCAAGAUGUUUAUGCAAUUGAAAUUUUAUCAAAAGUUUUAGCUAAUACUAUGGAACAUCCUAUGGUUCGUCAUGAAGCUGGUGAAGCACUUGGUGCAAUCGGUACUGAUGAAUGUCUUGAAAUACUAGAGAAUUAUGUUGAUGAUAGUAAUAAAGAUGUUGCUGAAACCGCCCAAUUAGCUGUAAAUCGAAUUAAACAUUUUCGUAAUCGUGAUAGUGAUUGUUCGAAUGGAACAUCUGAUCAUUCCAUUUAUUCAUCGGUCGAUCCAGCUCCGCCAUUAGGUUUAAAAAAUAAUGAUAAGAAAAUGAUUGAAAAUCUUCGCCAGGUUCUAAUCGAUCCGAAUGAAUCAUUAUUCAAACGAUAUCAGGCAAUGUUUUCGUUACGUAAUCUAAAUACCGAUGAAUCAGCAAUGGCAUUAGCCGAUGGUCUUGAUUGUCAAGAUUCAGCAUUAUUUCGUCAUGAAAUUGCAUUUGUGCUUGGCCAAAUGCAACGUCCAAUAACGACAGCAAAAUUGGCCAAAGUUUUGGCCGAAAAAUCAGAAAAUGAAAUGGUACGUCAUGAAUGCGCUGAAGCAUUGGGUGCCAUUGCAACCGAAGAAACUAAUCAAAUUCUUAAAGAUUAUCUUGAUGAUGAUACUCGUGUUGUUCGUGAAUCAGCUAUCGUUGCUCUUGAUGUAUCCGAUUAUAAUAAUAGUGAACAAUUUCAAUUUUUAAAUAAUUAAUUUAAUUCCAAUUUAAAUUUAAUUUAAAAAUAUAUUUACAAAA